UGCCCACUUGCCUAGCAUUAAAGAGCAACUGCUCAGGGCUUUAAGCAUUGGCCAUGCCUGAAACCAGAGUCGGUUUCUGGGUUUAUCAAGAACUUGCGGAAAUCUCAAAAUAAAUCUCUUGCUUUCUGGACCAUGAGUUGUUGCUUCCUCUUUUCUUCUCUGGACUUUCCCCAGAGGAAGAGAAAGCAGAAGUCUCAGGGCUGGAGACAGCUGAGGGGCAUCAGCUGGUUCAAGGUGUGGAGUGUGGGCAGUGGAGUGAAGGCCUGGUUACCUUUCCAGUGAAGAUUAGCCCCAUAGAGCUCACUCUAUGGGGAAGAACUUUUCUGACUCCUUCCUGUCUAGGGAGUGCGUGAUCAGAAUGGUGUCGGGAUGGUUCUACCUGUCCUGCCUGCUGCUGGGGUCCCUGGGCUCCAUGUGCAUCCUCUUCACUAUCUACUGGAUGCAGUACUGGCGUGGUGGCUUUGCCUGGAAUGGCAGCAUCUACAUGUUCAACUGGCACCCAGUGCUUAUGGUUGCUGGCAUGGUGGUAUUCUACGGAGGUGCGUCGCUGGUGUACCGCCUGCCCCAGUCGUGGGUGGGGCCCAAACUGCCCUGGAAACUCCUCCAUGCAGCACUGCACCUGAUGGCCUUCGUCCUCACUGUUGUGGGGCUGGUUGCUGUCUUUACGUUUCACAACCAUGGAAGGAUUGCCAACCUCUACUCCCUGCACAGCUGGCUGGGCAUCACCACUGUCUUCCUCUUCGCCUGCCAGUGGUUCCUGGGCUUUGCUGUCUUCCUCCUGCCCUGGGCGUCCAUGUGGCUGCGCAGCCUCCUAAAACCUAUCCACGUCUUUUUUGGAGCCGCCAUCCUCUCUCUGUCCAUCACAUCCGUCAUUUCCGGCAUUAAUGAGAAGCUUUUCUUCAGUUUGAAAAACACCACCAGGCCAUACCACAGCCUGCCCAGUGAGGCGGUCUUUGCCAACAGCACCGGGAUGCUGGUGGUGGCCUUUGGGCUGCUGGUGCUCUACAUCCUUCUGGCUUCAUCUUGGAAGCGCCCAGAGCCGGGGAUCCUGACCGACAGACAGCCCUUGCUGCAUGAUGGGGAGUGAAGCAGCAGGAAGGGGCUCCCAGGAGCUCCUGGUGGUGCAGCCUGUGCUCCCCUCAGAAGCUCUGCUCUUCCCAGGGUUCCCGGCUGGUUUCAGCAGGCGACUUUCUUCGAAUGCUGGGCCCAGACUUCUUGCCUGGGUGCUGGCCUGCCCUCUCCGGCUGCUUGCUGCCUGUCUGCUUUUCUUGAUGGCUUUGCCUGGGUCCUGGCCUGGCUUCUCUGGCUGCUUGCUGCCUGUCUGCUUUUCUUGGUGGCUUUGCCUGCGUCCUGGCCUGGCUUCUCUGGCUGCUUGCUGCCUGUCUGCUUUUCUUGGUGGCUUUGCCUGGGUCCUGGCCUGGCUUCUCUGGCUGCUUGCUGCCUGUCUGCUUUUCUUGGUGGCUUUGCCUGGGUCCUGGCCUGCCUUCUCCGGCUGCUUGCUGCCUGUCUGCUUUUCUUGGUGGCUUUGCCUGGGUCCUGGCCUGCCUUCUCCGGCUGCUUGCUGCCUGUCUGCUUUCCUUGGUGGCUUUGGCUUCUGUACUCCUUAGCAUCAGCCUCUCAGGUCCUCCAUUCACACAAGGUCCUCCUUGCUUUGGCCGCUCUUGCUGCUCCUGUCUGAAGAAAUCAGACUGAUUUCCUCUUAAGACUCCUAGGAAGGCCGGGCGCGGUGGCUCACGCUUGUAAUCCCAGCACUUUGGGAGGCCGAGGCGGGCGGAUCCCGAGGUCAGGAGAUCGAGACCACGGUGAAACCCCGUCUCUACUAAAAAUACAAAAAAUUAGCCGGGCGUGGUGGCGGGUGCCUGUAGUCCCAGCUACUCGGAGAGGCUGAGGCAGGAGAAUGGCCUGAACCCGGGAGGUGGAGCUUGCAGUGAGCUGAGAUCGCGCCACUGCACUCCAGCCUGGGUGACAGAGCGAGACUCCGUCUCAAAGAAAAAAAAAAGACUCCUAGGGAUGUGGUGAAGAGCUGGGACUCAAGUGCAGUCCACGAUGUGAACCAUGAGGGAGGUGAGGUGUCCGUCCACUUCCCCCAUAAAGGUGUGCGUUUCAGUUAGGCUGCCCCACCACAGAGCAGGCUUCAUCUGCUCUGCCAUCCAGCCCCAUCUGGAUGUGAGGUGGGGUGGAGACAUCAUGGAGUGAUUGCAGAAGUGGGGAGUGGCGGCCCAUGCAGCUUCUGCUGAGGAGCUGACCGCUCUGAGCUGUUCUGUUUCGUAUUGCUGCUCUGUGUCUAUGUGUAUUGUGACCGUGCGGCUCCACCUCUUCCAGCUGCUGCUACAGCUGAGGCCUGGAUCCCGGCCUUUCCCUGUGACUUACGUGCCUGUCACCAGCAGACAGCCCUACAAAUCCUGGUGACCUGCUCUCCCAAGAACAGAGCCUGUCCCCAGAUGUCCCAGUAGCGAUGAGUAACAGAGGUGGCUGUGGACUUCCUUUACUUCUCCUUGCUGGAUCAGGGCCUUCCUGCCUCCUCCUGGGCAGGUCCGGCCUUGCUCUCUUGGCAGGGCCCCAGCCACUCUGAUCACUCUGCAGCUCACCAUGCAACUGAUGCCAAAGUUGUGGUGUCCUGUAUGCAGCAGCCCUGGGAACCACUGCCACCUUCAGAGGGGUUCCUUGCUAAGACCCACAUUGCUUCACCUGCCCCCACCAUGGCUGCUUGCCUGGCCCAACCCAGUGUUCUGUGCCAUGCUAGAGCUUGAGCUGUUACUCUUCUUCAGGGGAGGAAAUAGGGUGGGGAGGGGGAAGGGUCUUGCUCCUCUCCUAAGUGUUGCUGCUGUGGCUUUUUUGCCUUCUCCAAAGAUGCACUGCCAGGUCCCAAGCUCCACACUGCUAUGCCUAGUAGGCAAGUGAGAAGCCUGGGGUUUGGAGCCCACCUACUCUCUGGCAGCAUCAGCAUCCUACUCCUGGCAACAUCAGGCCAACUGUCCACCCCAGCCUCACAUUGCCAGAUGUUAGCAGAAGGACUGAUAUUGAACGUCUUGAUUGGCUGGAGCCUUCAAAGCCACUGGGAUGUCUUCCAGGCACCUAGGUCCCAUGACCAGCUCCCUGUCUCCAUAGGGGUAGGCAUUUCACUGGUUUAUGAGGCUUGAGUUUCAUUAAAUAUGUUAAGAAUCAAA